AUGACCGGUUGGACAAAAUGGCGAAGGAUGAGGAGUUACGGGAAUCAGGCCUGUGAAAAACACUUCAUCCUGCUGGUGAAACAGCCUGCCUUGAUGCAAGACAUAAAAACCAACAUGAAUCUCCAGCAGCCAUCACCUCUCAUCCCCCCUGUCCACCCUGAUGUGCAGAUGAAGCCCCUGCCCUUCUAUGAUGUACUGGAUGUCCUAAUCAAGCCUUCAAGUCUAGGAGCAAGUACUACACAGAGGUACCACCAAGAAAAAUAUUUUAUCUUUGCCUUGACACCACAGCAAGUUCGAGAAGUUUGCAUAUCCAGGGACUUUCUGCCAGGUGGCAGGCGGGACUAUAUGGUUCAAAUUCAACUGAGGUUUUGCUUGUCAGAGACAAGUUGCCCUCAAGAGGAUAAUUAUCCCAACAGUCUUUGUAUAAAAGUCAAUGGGAAGCUGUUUCCUUUGCCAGGGUAUGCACCACCACCCAAAAAUGGUGUGGAACAGAAGAGACCAGGAAGACCUUUGAACAUUACCUCGCUUGUCCGACUAUCAUCUGCAGUACCCAAUCAGAUUUCAGUCACAUGGGCCCCUGAAAUUGGAAAAACCUAUUCUAUGUCUGUGUACCUGGUGAGACAGCUAACAUCACCGCUGCUGCUGCAGAGGCUGAGGAUGAAGGGCAUCAGAAACCCAGACCACUCCAGAGCAUUAAUUAAAGAGAAGCUGACCGCAGAUCCAGACAGUGAAAUUGCUACAACAAGUCUUCGGGUCUCACUUAUGUGUCCGCUGGGUAAGAUGCGACUCACAGUACCAUGCCGGGCAGUGACCUGCUCUCACCUGCAGUGUUUUGAUGCUGCCCUCUACCUACAGAUGAAUGAGAAGAAACCCACCUGGAUCUGUCCUGUGUGUGACAAGAAGGCUGCAUAUGAGAGUCUUAUCAUUGAUGGUUUAUUCUUGGAAAUCCUGAACGACUGCUCAGAUGUGGAUGAAAUCAAGUUUCAGGAGGAUGGAACAUGGUGUCCCAUGAGACCAAAGAAAGAAGCGGUCAAGGUCCCAUCUCAGUCAGUUCCAAAAAUUGACACUCCUUUGCGCCUGUCGUCAGUGGUGCCCCAUUCUACUGAGCCCAGCUCCACCAAGAAGGCUGAUGUGAUUGAUCUUACUCUGGAGAGCUCCUCAUCUGAUGAUGAUGAGGCAGACACAGACCCUCCAAUGAAGAAACAUUGUGUUUACAUUUCCAAUAAUGAGGAGAUUCAUGCGAAGGGAGUGUUGACCUACCAGCCCACUGUGCGCAUGCCGAAUGUCCAGUCCCUGGACCCGGCGUAUCUGACCUCUACGCUCGCUGACUAUGCAGUCCCCUUCCAUCCUUCUACUCUGGCUACCAUCCCCACAGACAUGCAAAGUCUGGAUUUGUUUUCCUUAAUUCAAGCAGAUCCUCAGCAUUACAGACCUCAGAUGUUCCUGGAUAACCUGACCAGCAGUAUGCAAAGUGCAGCUGCAGCCAGCACAAGCUCAGCCUUGGUCUCUUCCAGCAGCCACUAUGACACCACCACCCACACCGCCAGCUCCAUCCACGAAACCCGGAUCAUCACAGGAGGAGGUGGAGGUGCUAGACGAGGAACUGAUAGUGGAAUAUCAGAUAUCAUUUCACUAGACUGAGCCAUGUCUCACUGGACCUUUUUAGGCCUGUUUUGGUGGCCUUUUUUAUACAGGACAUAACAUAUGAUGAACAGGUACAUCACAUGCUCAAUUUUCAAAACUGGUAUACACGAUCACUUCGAUGGCCUCAGUAUUUUUUUGCCCAGUUUCAUCUUCUGCCUAUACAUUUGUUGAUGAUAAAUUGUCAGCUGUCAGUUUCUCCAGCCCUUAACAAUGAUUCUUGUUUGGUGUCAUACACUUGAUCAUUAGAUAAAAUGUAUACUGAUUUGUUUACUUACAUGAACAUGUAUGUCUGACUACAGUCUAUUCAAUUGUGUGCCUCAUUAGCAUGGGAGAGAGUCAGGCUGAACACAGUUGACGGGUUUGUUUCACUGUUUUUAUUGUAUCUGCUGGCUUUUUAAAGCCCUGUUUUACCUUCCAUUCAACCUGAUGGAAGCAUGGACGGCUGUGGUUUUAGGCUCAUGACAUUACAGCUUUCAUGUUAUACCAAUGUUACAUUUCUUUUUUGGUUCCAUUGAAAUUAAGACAGAGCAAUAAUAAUUUAACUAGUGUUAAUCAAAGUUGUUAAUAUAGUUCAUAUAAUGAUUCCACUUGGUCCAUAUCACUACUACUCUGCUCUGUUCUACUUUUGUAUCAAUUUAUUAGCAUACUGCUCCUAUAGGAGUUGUUCAAAAUGUUAUAUAACAUAAUUGUUUUCUUUCGGAUUUUCAGAUGGACAUGAGUCAUGUUUUAAUGCUGCCUUCAUGUGGUUGUGGCUUAAAGUACAUGUGAACGCCUCCCUUUUGAUGGAUUUACAACAAUCGGGGGGGGCAAGAAGCUAUUUUUUUUGUUGAAUGGAAAGUUUGUCUUGAAAUUUGUUGUUUAGUCUUUUGUCUGAAUUUUAUAAUAUGUUGAAGGAAAAUGUUAAUAUUACAACAGUUUUCAUCUGUCACUAUGUCAGUUAAUUUCCUGCAAUGUUUGGAAACGCUUUCCAGCUUGCUUAAUUGUUAAUCGUUAUGUUAACCUGAGCCUCCAUGUUUUUAUCGCCUGGCAGCAUUGCUCUCAAGAACACUUGAAUGCCAUUAUGUACAUGACUUCCCACUUUGUAUCAACAAGCUCACAAGUUCCAUGUGAAGGAAGCAUAUGUACUGAGCUGGAGUCUGUGAUUAGCCUAGCUUAGCAUGAAGAUUGAAAGCAAGGGGAGUCAGCAAGCAUGAUUUUCCACUACACAAAAUUAUGAUUAACAACACCAGAUAAGCUCAUGUUUCUCAUUAGUUUGCUCCUUACUCAAUUUAUAUAUGUAAGAACCAUACUUUGUUGUUCUAGUGGGAUUUAGGUGCUACCCCCUGCUACCAGUGUUCAUGCUAGACCAAACACAUCCAGACUCAAAGUCUGUAUCUAACCCAAAGACAUGAGAUCCAUAUCCAUCAUAUCAUCUAUUUCUUGGAAAUUGUCUAAAAGUUUAUUUCCCAAAAUACUGAACUGUGUUAAAAAAAUUCUGACAAAUCAGUGUAUCAGCUUUGACAAGUAUGAAAAUAAUUUUUAGAUCAUGUGAAGUAUGAAGGUAAUGCUGCCAAAAUUCUGACUUACUAAAAGUCCACUUUGUAAAUCUUCUGGAUUUUGACCUCUUCUUUUUGCCUGGGGUUGAAUGUUUGAUGCUUUAUGUUCUCAAUAGAAAUUAUAUUGACAUUUGCUUAGCAUGAACAUCUACACUACACAACAGUAAGGGUUAGGGUUAGCUACAAAACUACAUCAUCUGGAUCGCUUACUGUUUUUAUUGACUCCAUCCACGAGUAGCUCAAUCUCAGGGAACUACACUGUUAAUCUGGGCUUGACAAAUUCGUGAAGUAAAGUACAGACACAUAAAUAACACUUUCAACAUAUCUGUCUGUGAUGAUUGUCUGCACAGAAUUUAGCAUAUGUUUUGAAAAAUCCCAGAUACGUUUUUCAGAGUCCAUUUUACUUUGUAUAGUGCACACAAAGGAAAGUCUUAAUUUGAACUAGUAUGAAAACUGACUGUAAAGAUGUUACUAGAUUAUGUUCACCUUCAUUAUAAUGGUAUUAAGGCACAAAUCUGAGCGACAACUUAAAAUCUGGAUAUCUAAUACCAAAUCCGCUACAUGAAGACAUUUUGGAAGGUGAGAAAAUUACUUUUAGUUUUCUUGACUCAACACGAAACAAUUAACAUUGUGUAAUAAGUUAAACAAAGUUCAGCAACACAAAGUCUUUCCCCACAUGUGCCACACCUUUUUUAGUGAAGAGAUUUUACAGAGGCUACCGUUUUACUGAUGGGACCAUUACCUGCAGGCAGAUAUUGGUACUGUGGAUCUAUGUGUUUUUGUGUUAUUUUGGACUCUUAAUACUUUGUAGAUUUUGAAACACAAUCCAGAAAAGAACCAUGUUUCAUUUCUGAUGCCAUCUUGACGAACUCAGUAAAAUUAAAAAGCUUUUUUUAUUUUGUUCAAAUAGUUAUUAGAAUGAUUCAUGACGAAUUUGUUUUUGUUUUCUUGUGUCUGUGAACCUGAAGCAUUUUGAGCUUUGGUAAUGUAUUUAUUGUAUUAAACCUUUUCUUUACUCUA